AGAAAAACUAAUAAUAGUAAAAAACAAAUAAAAAUUACAAAGCUUCAAUUAAACCCCAAAAAAUAUUUCAGAAUUCUCCGUCUCGCACUUCGCCUCUGUACACUUCUUCACUGAGAUUCCGGCAGCAGCAACAUCACCGCCGUCCCUUGCAUCGCGAUUCAUCGUUGUUCCAACCUGAUUGUUAGGAACAUAUCAUCCAAUUAGACAAGAUACUAUGGCUGUACAUUCUGGAUCGGGUUCAUCAGAGAAGAAAUCAAGCAACGGAGAGAAUGAGUUGCUGACUUUUAAUGCUGAGAAUAUGCAAAGCAACAUGAAAAUUAUCUAUUACAGCCGUACAUUUUUAUCUAUAAUUGGCGGAGUUGUUGCUGGUAUUUUGGGAUUUACAGGCUUGUACGGAUUUGUCUUUUACUUACUUCUCAUGGCGUUUACUUCCGUUGGACUCAUAGUCAAAUCAAAGUUUAAUAUCCACACAUACUUUGAUUCCUGGAAUCGCGUGCUAGUUGAUGGCUUUCUCGGUGGUUUAAUGUCGUUCGUGCUGUUCUGGACAUUUGCAUAUGACAUUGCUCAUAUAUUCUGACCGCAGAAUUUGCAAGAGAUGGCCAUAUUUUCUCCACCGAUGCGGCUAUUGAGAUCUUGUACCAGAAUGCAGUUAUAACUUACACUCUUCACUUGGUGGAUAUCUUUCAUGAUGUUCCCAUUUUUAAACAAUGUAAACUUAACUUUCAUUAUCUUAUAUGUUCAUGUAUUAUUUAAAAUAGAACCUCAAGUGUAAAGGGCACACACUAUGUCCUGGGCUUAAUGUUGCUGUCAUUUUGUCCUCUAGGAUAUUUUUCUUGAAGUUACUUUAUGAUAUAGAUUGCAAUUUUAUUUCA